GCGGUGAUGGCGGCGGCGAGGCGGGCAGCGCUUGGUGCAAGGCUGCGCGGAGCCCAGCGCUGGCAGACGCUGUGGCUGCUGCGGCGGGGCUGCGCGGGGCUGGCGGUGGACGACACGGUGAACGGGCUGAGCGCGGAGCAGCAGCAGCUUAGGCAGACCAUGACAAAGUUCUGUCAAGAACAUUUGGCUCCAAAGGCCCAACAGAUUGACCAGGACAAUGAAUUCAAGGAGAUGCGGGAGUUUUGGAAGAAACUUGGGGAACUGGGAGUUCUGGGGAUCACAGCUCCUGCAGAAUAUGGUGGAUCUGCUUUGGGUUAUCUGGACCACGUGCUGGUGAUGGAGGAGAUUUCUCGUGCAUCAGCAGCUGUGGGCCUUAGUUAUGGUGCCCACUCUAACCUCUGCAUCAACCAGCUUGUGCGGAAUGGGAGCGAGGCCCAGAAGCACAAGUACCUGCCCAAGCUCAUCAAUGGGGAGCACAUUGGAGCCUUAGCAAUGAGUGAACCCAAUUCUGGUUCUGAUGUUGUGUCCAUGAAGCUGAGAGCAGAUAAGAAAGGAGACUACUUUGUUCUGAAUGGCAACAAAUUUUGGAUCACCAAUGGGCCAGAUGCAGAUGUUCUCAUAGUUUAUGCCAAAACUGAUGUCAGUGCUGUGCCAGCCUCCCACGGUAUAACAGCGUUCAUCGUGGAGAGGGGAAUGCCAGGGAUCAGCACAGCCCAGAAGCUGGACAAGCUGGGAAUGAGGGGUUCUAACACCUGUGAACUGAUCUUUGAAGACUGCAAGAUCCCAGCUGAAAACAUCCUGGGAACACUGAGCAAAGGAGUCUAUGUUCUGAUGAGUGGGUUGGACCUGGAGAGACUCGUGCUGUCUGGUGGGCCACUGGGGCUCAUGCAAGCUGUUCUUGACCAUGCAAUUCCAUACCUGCAUGUGAGAGAGGCAUUUGGACAGAAAAUUGGCUACUUCCAGCUGAUGCAGGGCAAGAUGGCUGACAUGUACACGCGGCUGAUGGCCUGCCGGCAGUACGUCUACAAUGUGGCCAGGGCCUGUGACCAGGGACACUUCAAUGCCAAGGACUGUGCUGGAGUCAUCCUCUACUCGGCAGAGUGUGCGACCCAAGUGGCUCUGGAUGGGAUCCAGUGUCUGGGUGGGAAUGGUUACAUCAAUGACUACCCCAUGGGGCGGUUCCUGCGUGAUGCCAAGCUCUACGAGAUCGGGGCGGGAACCAGCGAGGUGCGCAGGCUCGUCAUUGGCAGGGCCUUCAAUGCCUCCUUCAAGUAACAUCCACCUGGGCAAAGCACCCCCUGAGCACCACAAGGCCUUUGACCACAGAGGCUGGAACGCACAACUCUUCUGCCUGCCUGUGGUUUGCCACUUGUGGACUCUUUUCUGCCUGCUCUGUGAACUGGGUGUAACAGUGUGAGAGCUGAAAUCCCUCUCCCACACCAACAGUGACCAGGCUAGCUCAGUCUGGAAGCACCUGAAAGCUGUAUUUACAAGCAAAUCUACAAUCUAUGAUGGAAUGCAAUAAAU